AUGUCUAGCCUGCAGUCCAUCAUGAACGUGGACGAGGACCAACAUGACGCCUCACCCUCAACGGAUAAAAAGGAUAAGGACCCAGCAACACCCGCUUCCGGUUUCCGAAGUCAAAAUCCUUCAUCAAUACCACCAGGUCACGUCAUUCGUUCCAGUCAGCAACAUUCAUCAACGCAGCUUGCUGAGGGUAGUGAGGUCGCUCGCUCCAGCCAGCAAUACGCCGACGAGGGUUCAAGCUCAAGCUCAGCAAUACAGCAAGGCAAGAGGCCUGCCAUCAUCAGCGAUCCACGGGAUACAUCUUCGGCAGCUACAGCACCCACGACAUUUCGCGCAGAACAGUCCAGGCGUGAAAGUAAUACCAGCGUGGACUCGAUGGACCAACACGGUUAUGGGUCCGCCGCAUCGUCCUCGUCAAUGGGGGGAGCCAGCGGCGGCGGUCUACCACCAAAUCAUCCAAGGAGGCCGAUGGGAAGUCCAAACCCCGAGGUCCCCAUCAGGCUGACGCCGAUCACGGGGAGAGUCAGUCGUGCCAAGAAGGGAGUUCCUGUUCACACGUGCGACAUGUGCAACCCUCCGAAGACCUUCACAAGAGCCGAGCACCUCAGUGAACAAGAAGGAGACAAGGUCUCGAUGAGUGGUGAGGGCAGCCGGCGCAACUCUACAGCCUCAGGAACUUCAGCCACUCUGGAGGAGCGAAUGCCUGGGCUUCGGGUUGGUGGAGGAGGUUUACAGCCGCCUCAUGGGUUUGGUUCUCCUGCCAGCUACGGGGGAGCACCAACAUCAUCUUCAACGUCGGACAUGCCACCCACAACUCCUAAUAUGCCACCUACACCUUACGCACCCGGAGGCAGUCCUGCGCCAGGAGGCCAUGUGCCCACAAUGUCGCCCCCAGGCGGUGAUCACUACGGUCCAUCAUCCGGCCCAGGCGGCUAUUCGCUAUAUUCGAGUAGGCUCCCUAUCAGCAUGAGCCCCUCUCCUGAACCUUCGGCAUUUUCGACUAUAGAAAUGGCGCCUCGGACAGUGCCCAUGUUUAUCGGUACCGAAAAUCAGGCGACUACAGCAGGUCCCUUGCAGACCAGCCUUGAUCAACCGCCUGAGCUGAUACAUACUACCGACUACUCACCCUGGACAUCUGCUUCAGAAAGCAACUAUUCAACCCCACCACCGGCUGAGGUUAGCAGACCUCGGGGGUAUUGGCAGCACCACCGCUCGCACAGCUCUCUGGAUUGGCAAUCCAACGCUAGUAUGCUAUCGCCGUUUUCCGCGCAGCGUGAACUACAUGGCACAAGCAACCUGGACGCAGUGACUACUUCCCAUUAUGUCACCCCGCCGUUCCCAAUGUCUCCUCACAUAGCUCCGGCACCUUACCACACAUACGGCCCGCUUCUCGACCCCUCGCUGAUGGGUGGGUUUACCGACGAUCAGACACAGCAGUCUCUACUGGACAACUCCAUCGCCUCGCACCCUGUCGCCCAUCACCGACCAUCCUCAGUUCGUAGCCCAUCCCAUCCACCAUCGUCGGCGCAAGGGGCUGACACUUUAGUCACUCCAGCUGCUCUCCCAAGUCGAGCAGCCCCGAUGGCUCAUGUGAGCCGGCAGAAGGAAAUGGUGGUGGGCGGCAACAACAUGAUUGGUGGUGUGGGUAUAUACGCCGGUGAUGGCAGCAGUCCAAGCUGGCCGAGCAACAGCCCAGGCGACAUACUUACGGGCUCGGCACUGGCAGGCGUGGGUGGCUGCGGGAUGGGUGGGAUGUCGGUGGUGACUCCCCUUCCGCGCUCUGUGCGCAACAGUAUUGCCUCGUAUCUCGACGUGUACUGGGAAAAAUUUCACGUCCUGUAUCCAUUCAUUCACCGAGGCACGGUUGAGGGCGCUGGGGAAGAUGCUCUCAAAUGCGCGAUGGCUGCUAUAGCGACGCAAUAUCUCGACAACAAGGACGAUCGCAUCCGGGGAAAUCAGCUCCACGAGUACGCUUGGCAGGAGGCGAAGCGCAACACGCAGUACACGCAGUGGAGUCUUCAGGUCAGCCAGGCUAUCCUUCUGUGCGAACUCUUUUCUCGGUUCAGGGGCCGAAAGGCGUCGGUACGGCCCUCAAAACUGUUUGAAAACCUCUACUCGAGGGUCCUCGAAAAUACCCCAACCAUGUUCAACACAACUUCUCUUGGAAACAGCACCAUGGGUAUCAGCAUUACCAAUGAGGAGCGAUGGCACACCUGGAUUGAAGAAGAGGCUCGUCGACGGCUGUUGACCGUAUGCUUCAUCGUCGACAACCACACGUCCUUGUAUCAUCAACAGCCUCGUGCUAGGGAUGACAUUGACCUUUCAACGAUACCCUUGACAGGACAUAGUGACACCCUGUGGGCUGCGGGGUCGGCAAUCGAGUGGGCAAACAUCCUAGAAACCUCGCCAGCGGCUAGCAUGCCCCGUUUCGUCCCCCAUCCCAACACCUUGAAGCCGGAGGAGGUGGCUAGACACAGCUGCCUUGACAAGAUGGCUAUACUCCAUGCCGAAGCAUCGAGGCUGCCCCGGCGUCAGUACAACCGCUCCUCAAACGAACAAGACGAUCAUCACAGCUUUACAGCGGACGACCUGCGCACACCAACGACCGCGUCCUACAACCAGUCUUUCAACGGCGCUCACUCCGAAGAGCGCAUUGUACACUUAUUCUCAAUGGCAAACGUCUCCCCCAGCCCUAGUAUCUACCUUGCCCUCCACCACACCCCUCUCCACGACCUUCUCGCCGUCAGCGGCGACAGCUGGGUCUUCAGCCAGAAAGUGCUUGGCGCCUCGACGUUUUUGGAGAACCAGAAGCGUCUCAAAGCCUGGGCGGAAGGCAGACUUUUCUCCAAGUCGCCCAGCUCCCAGCAACAAGCCCCCGCGGGUAGUCUCGAGGGCAUGUCUUGUGCCCAGGCGACCUGCCACGCCGCCCGCGCCCUGCUGUGCUUCCUCAAGGACGGUAGCGUCACUACGCCCCAGACAGGCUGCAUCAGCGACUACUGGGGCAUGUACGUCUGCGUGCUCAUCAUCUGGGCCUUCGGGCACCGCGCCGCGCGGUCUUCGUCAUCUACCUCACCGCAGAAGGCCCCCCUCCCCAAGGACGAGGCCAUCAGCUGGCUGCAGGCUGUUGCUGCCCUCCAGAGGCCUGAAGAUGCCACGAGGAUGAAGCACCGGAGGGAGGCCAGCGCCGGCGUGGUAUCGCUAGUGAAGAGGAGGCUGGACGCGGACUGCGUCGGCCCCAGGAGCCAGCUAUACGUUGAUGCGGUGGGCGUGUUAAAGAAGCUCGAAGAGGGCGUUAACUGGAGGUGGUUUUAA